GCAGUAAAGACAACAACAGCCCACUACAGCAAAACAAUGGCGACUGCCGUGGAGAAUAUCGUUAAAGUGCUCGGAGAGCAGUAUUACAAAGAUGCUUUGGAGCAGUGUCAUAAUUAUAAUGCCCGGCUGUGUGCGGAGAGAAGCAUCCUCAUGCCCUUCUUGGACUCCCAGACUGGAGUCGCUCAAAGCAACUGCUAUAUUUGGAUGGAGAAGAGGCACAGGAGUGCAGGCACGGCACCAGGACAGCUGUACUCAUACCCCGCCCGGCGCUGGAGGAAGAAAAGAAGAGCUCAUCCACCAGAAGACCCAGCAUUGGUUUUUCCUCCUCUUAAAACGGCUGAGCUGGAACUAGGACUUAAAAAAGAUGUGUUGGGCCCACUGGAUGGGAGUAGUCUAGAAGCCCUGCUAAAAGGAGAGCCGCUGGAUAAAAGAGUCACUACAGAGCUCAGACCACCUGAAGAAGAAACCAGUCUUGCUGAAAUUACUGGAACCAGUACAGCCAGCAGCCACAGCGGCUCCACGCGCAUCAGAAAGAGAAUCCUUGAACCAGAAGACUACUUGGAUGAUCUGGAUGAUGAAGAUUUUGAGGAGGAAACUCCCAAAAGAAGAAGCAAAGGAAAGUCUAAGGGUCGAGGUGUUGGAAAUGGUAAAAAGAAAUUGGAAGCUGCAGCAGCUGCCCAGGAAGAUCGAGACAAACCGUAUGCUUGUGACAUCUGUGGGAAGCGCUACAAGAACAGGCCAGGUUUGAGUUACCAUUACACUCACUCUCAUCUGGCCGAUGAGGAGGGAGAGGACAAAGAAGAGCCUGAGAUUCACACGCCUGCACCCCCAGAGGAACCCAAGACCCCUAAGAAAGGACCAAAUGGCCUGGCUUUGCCUAAUGACUACUGUGACUUUUGCCUGGGCGACUCCAGCAUGAACCAGAAAACAGGGCAGUCUGAGGAGCUGGUGUCCUGCUCUGAUUGUGGACGGUCAGGGCAUCCUUCAUGCCUGCAGUUCACCGCUGUGAUGAUGGCUGCUGUAAAGACUUACCGCUGGCAGUGCAUUGAGUGCAAGUGCUGCAAUGUUUGUGGCACAUCUGAGAAUGACGACCAGCUUCUGUUCUGUGAUGACUGUGACAGAGGAUACCACAUGUACUGCCUCAGCCCUCCCAUGUCAGACCCUCCAGAAGGAAGCUGGAGUUGUCACCUGUGUCUGGCUCUUCUGAAGGACAAGGCUUCCAUUUAUCAGAGCCAGAAUCCUGCAAUGGAGUGACCACGUGAACAGUCUACCUUGAAUGCGCAAACCUCACGUCCAUGCAGAAAUGCAUUCAAACUGUCUUGAGAUUUUCACAGAAUGAUGGAGAGGCAGGAAGAGAAAUCAUUGGCCCUAACGUAACCAGUUUUUUUUUUUUAUGUUUCACUUUGACUGUUACACACAUCACACAUCACAGGCAGUGUUUGAAAUAAAGCCUACACAGAGGUUUCCGAGUUUGAAAUGGGUAAUAUACGUACACUUCAUGCAUUAUGUGCAGUAUUUCCACAUUCCUUGACGUUAGGGCCCAUGUUUCAGAUGAUUGAGCACCUGUUUAUGCAUUGCCAAAUAUUCUUUUUUAAUCGCUCACUCAGCAUUUGUUUACAUGGAGAAAAACAUGGCUUAUUCUUCAAAUGUUAUGGAUCGAAUUAUUAAUUUGUAUGAGAUGUGUACUUCUGUUUAUAUCUUUAAUGUGUAUAAUUAUUUCCUGUAAGCGGUUCUUUCAGGAAGUAAUUUUGCCAAGAGUCAGAUUUUAAAAACCAGAAGAUGGUGCUGUAUUUUUUUUCAUCAUCAAGUUCUGUUUUUUGCUACAUUUUCUGGACUCAAUCGUUAGUCUAUUUUAUCCCACAAAACACUCUCAUGAGGCAGGUUAUCUUUCGUAGUAUUUUGUAUGUGAUAUUAUAUCUAUUAUCACUGACUAACCAUAUUGAAUUAUUGUGAGUACUGUAUCGUUUUUGUAUUUGUUUUUUUUUUUGGUAUAUCAUGUCAGUUUGUAUUGGUAUUGAAUGUAAAUGCUGUAUUUUUCUGUCUUUUUUAUUUACAUUUUUCAUAUUGGCCUUUCCAUAAUAAACAUACAUGUAACAGAUUCUUAAUAAUGUUUGUUUUUUAUGGCUGCUUAGUGCUACCAGCAUAGUGAAUAAAGAUUUGGCUGA